CGCUAGUAACGGCCGGUGUCAUAAACAGUUUCAAAUUCUAAAACAGUAAGAAUGUAUCAUCCUACUUUUUAUAGAAUGGUCUGAGCGAGGCUACCGCACCGCCCACGGCAAGAGUGAAAGGAGAACAUGGCAUUUAAGGAGCCCAUCAACCUCCUCACUUUCUCCACUUCCUUCUCUCUCACCCACCAUCUUUAUAUCUCUCUCCGUCUCUCUGUAAGAGCUUUUCACUUGUAGCCAUGGCUUCUUCGCUUUCCUUUCUCCUCCUUUUCUCCAUUUUCCACUCGCUCGAGCGCUCCGUUCUCUCCUCUGCAAUAUCAUCCGACUCCAUCUCCUUCAACAGCUCUCUCUCCGGAGCCCAAACCAUAGUCUCCAAAGGUGGCAACUUUGCGCUGGGGUUCUUCCAUCUAGCAAACAGAGAGGCGCCCAUCUCUGAUCCCAGCUCCUCCGAGCUAAAAAUAUCCAAAGAAGGCAAUCUCAUCCUCACAAACCAGUUCAAAACCCAUAUUUGGUCCACUAACAUAACCUCUGCGACCUCUAACUACGCCACCGUUGCUGAGAUCCUGGACACUGGGAACCUGAUUCUGAGAGACGGGUCCGAGCCGUCUAAGGUUUAUUGGCAGAGCAUUGACCAUCCGAGUGACACGUGGCUCCCCGGGGGCAAGCUUGGGAGGAACAAGGUGACAGGGGAGAGGCAGAGGUUGACCUCAUGGAGGAACUCCGAGGACCCUGCUCCGGGGAUCUUCUCCCUUGAGACUGACCCAAACGGGACUAGCCAAUAUUUUAUCUUCUGGAACCGCACUAAACCAUUUUGGACGAGCGGGGAGUGGAAUGGCGAGAUAUUUGCUGCAGUCCCUGAGAUGACCCCACAUUAUAUCUACAACUUUGAGUAUGUAAACAAUGCAAAUGAGAGCUACUUCACCUAUUCUCUUCAAGAUGACAAGCUCAUCUCCAGGCUUGUUUUGGACCUCUCGGGCCAAAUAAAGGAGCUAACUUGGAUGGAAAAUGCCCAGGAGUGGAUCUUGUUUUGGUCCCAACCAAAACAGCAAUGCGAUGUCUACGCUCUCUGCGGGCCCUUUGGAAGGUGUGAUGAGAACAGCUUCCCCUACUGCAGCUGCAUGAAGGGCUUCAGCGAGGCUUCUCCGAGUGACUGGGCAUUAAGAGAUUGGAGCCGUGGAUGUAAGAGAAACACUUCAUUGCAGUGCAGUAGCAAUAGCACUAGUUUAUCGGGAAGUGAGAAGAAAGAUAAGUUCUUUCUGAUGUCCGAUGUGAGCUUACCUGCGAACCCACAUUCUUUGGCAGUUGGUAGCAUUGAAGAUUGUGAGUUAGCUUGCUUGAAGAAUUGCGUGUGCACUGCUUACUCUUACAGUGGGGGGUGUAAUGUUUGGUACGGAGGUUUGCUUGAUUUGCAGCAAAAUUCGAGCGGAGAGACUCUCUACCUCCGGUUAGCUUCUUCGGAGCUCCCGAAUUCUGGAACCAAGAAAGGAAAGACAAUCAGAGUACUGCUUGGCUCAGUUCUCGGCAUUUUAGCUUGCAUAGCACUUGUAUCAUCCCUUGGUUGGCUGUACAAUAGGAGGCACAAGAUCACAGUUACGAAAUCGGCAGAGGGUAAUCUAAUCGCAUUUACAUACAAUGACUUGAAGAGAAUGACCAAGAACUUCUCCGAGAAGUUAGGGGGAGGAAGCUUUGGUUCCGUAGCCAAAGGAACACUGCCUGACUCCACCGCCAUAGCGGUAAAGAGAUUUGAAGGUCUUCUUCGUAUAGGGGAGAAGCAGUUCCGGAACGAAGUGAGUACGAUCGGCACAAUUCAGCACGUGAAUCUGGUUCGCCUUCAUGGGUUCUGCUCCGAAGGCGACAAUAGGCUGCUCGUUUAUGAAUACAUGCCAAAGGGAUCUUUAGAUACGCAGCUUUUCCGAAGAAACUCGGUGGGUACCGUACUAGAUUGGAAAACAAGGUACCAAAUUGCCCUUGGAGCUGCAAAAGGAUUGGCUUACCUUCAUGAGAAGUGUAGAGACUGCAUAAUACACUGUGACAUCAAGCCAGAGAACAUUCUCUUGGAUGAUUUGUUUGUUCCUAAAGUCGCAGAUUUCGGCCUUGCAAAGCUUCUAGGGAGGGAUUUCAGUAGGGUUCUCACCACAGUGCGAGGAACCAUUGGCUAUCUCGCGCCCGAGUGGAUUUCAGGAGUGGCCAUUACCGCAAAAGCCGAUGUUUAUAGCUACGGAAUGGUGCUUCUUGAAAUAAUAUCCGGAAGAAGAAAUGUUGUUAAUUCAGAAGAUGGAAGUGCCAGCUAUUUCCCUUUAGAAGCUGUGAGGAAAGUUAACGAAGGGGAUGUUGUCAGCUUGUUGGAUGAUAGAUUGAAGGGUGAGGCUGAGUUCGACGAGCUCGAUCGUGCUUGUAGAGCUGCUUGUUGGUGCAUCCAGGAUAGCGAGAUAUACCGGCCGUCGAUGGGGCAGGUUGUUCAGAUUCUGGAGGGCGUAGUCGAAGUUGGAUUUCCGCCUAUUCCGAGGUCUCUUCAGCUUCUUGCAGAGAAGCCAGGGAGCAUGGGUUUCUUCUCAGAGCUUUCCUCGCUGCAAAGUAAUCCAACCCAACCUGAAAGCACUUCUUCAGCAAGCUCAAAGGGAUAGAAUCUGAAUUUUAUUGUCUUUCUGUUGUCUUUAGUUGAAUAAUUAAGCUACAUGUUUAGAAGCUGAAUGUAGCUUGUAAUCGCACUCUGUUAUAGUGUGUACUGUAUGCGGCAUAAAGGGAAAUUAUCAUUUCCUUGCUAAUCAGCUUGAGAACUGUCAUUUUGUGUUGUAAUUUUGAUCAA